AACUAUCACUGGACAUGCGAAUGGCCCAGGGUCAUUAAAAUUGACGCCCUUUAUGAUAUAUUAACCUGACCGUACCAGGGCCGGACGCUGGCUUGUCCGAUCCAUUUUCAACCUCAAAGUGCUGGCACUUACUUAGACCUCCUUUCCCUGACAUGGCUCCCAUCAUGCUUCAGCUCGCUACCUUGCAAGACCCCAGCUUGCUCUCCCUCACGGUCAACCCAAAGCUACUGCUGGUCGGAGGCAUACUCGAAGUAGCGCGUCGUGGGGUAACCAUGGUGUAUGAGUGCUUUACCGCGGAUGUCCAGGCGAUUUUCCGCGUGAUCGCGGAUCUCGUGAACGAGAUUGCAGUCAAAGUGAAGCAGUGCAUCAAGGCUCUCGUGCGAAUUAUCAGCGAUACCGAGCCGGACGCUGCGGGAAAGCGGAAGACGUACUGCGUUGUGACCCUCCAAAUUGGCGAGUCCAACGACCCUUACACUUUGCAGAUGAAGAACCACCAGCUCCUGAGCUCCUUGCGGAACUAUGAAUCAGACUUUCAUGACCUCAAGAACACAACUUUGCCGCAGAGAAUGCUCAAGUCACGCGAGCUCCAGCGGCAACUGGAGGUAUUCCGAGAGGAAUGCCUGGAGCUCAAUGCAGUUGCUACCAGAUCUUCUGCGCGCAUCUUGGAAGACACAAACUCCGUGAUUGCCAGUCGGAACAGACUGAAUACAAUUCAAGCCACUCCAGGCGAGCCUGUCGAGUUCUCAUAGGUCGCCAGCGGCAUCGGUCUCGGUCAAGUCAAUGACAAUGUAAUUCUCAUCUAAUGCUACAGAUGGAUGAGUGUCAUAUUUGGUACCUUAUACAUCUGCCCGAGUGCAAUGCUGUUGGAUGAAGGGUGUUCAUUGUCAGAACGCUGCGGAUUCCGGGACAUUUAAGCUGUUACUGUCGUUACUACUAGCUAUUACUUUCAGCUACAAUACACUCCUUUGAACUUAUGCAUUUUGUUUAC